CCCAUUGCCAUUUCCAUCUUUCCAUCGUUAACGAUCAACCUUGACCUAAUUUAUGCAAGGGGCUUACAAUUUGGGGUUUAUCUAUCAGUGUAAACCCUGGUACUUCCGUUGAAAUUGAAUUGCUAAUCUAUCUGCAAUGGCGGAAUUGGAAGUAACUAACAAAAAUACAGCAAAAGAUUUAGAUGAUGCUGCAGCAGCAGCAGGAGAAAUGAAGCCAUGGGAGCAGCAUUCUGCUGUGAUUAGCAUCCCCCGAUACGAUUACAAAGCCCCCUCUUCCUUGCUCCGUCGCUCUUUCUCCGGCUUCCUCGUUACCUGCCCCAUCAAGAGGGAGAAAAGUGCAACAAAAGAAGCUAUGGCCAUCCUUCACAAGUAUCUCGGGGCUAUAAAUACACGCGAUUCUAUAGCAGAGGAAGACCCUCAAAAUAUUGUUUCAAAGAGACGAAAAGUAGUUACCACUGGAACAGAAGAGUGCACCAAUGAUGUAGAAAAUGAGGCUCUGAAUGAAAACAAUGACUUUGUGGUUGCAGGUGCUAAAGAGGUUCCGGAAGGUUCUUGUGUGUCCACUACAAAAUCAGAUGCAAAUACCGAAACAUUGAACCCUCUUUCGCUUGUUAAGCUGACUAGGAGUGGUUUGCUUCUAUUUACGUUUUCGAAUGACCACUCUCCUGAUGUUGUCGAUAUUGUGUCAAACAUCAUGCAGUCUUUGGAAUCCGGAAGUUUAAAAGCACCACUUUGGUGCCACAGAAUUUUACCUAUCCAAACCACUUGUGUUUUGCACGAGAAAGAGCUCGGCACUCUGGUAUCCAAGCUUGUUGCCGAUUUCUUGAAUAAUGAAGGAAAGGAACUUGCUCGACCUGUAAAGUUUGCAGUAGGAUACAACAGAAGAGGAAUCGAGGAAACCGAAUUAAAAGGUAAAAAUAGUGAUUCAAAUCCAGUGGCUCUGCUAGACCGUAACAAAUGCUUUGAGGUGGUUGCUGCUGCUGUGAAAAAUAUGGUCUCAGAUUCAGUUGUUGAUCUGAAAUGUCCAGAGCUCACUAUUCUUAUCGAGGUCCUACCCGUUUCUGGGAUACCCAACGGGUCACCUAUAGUUGCUGUUUCGGUUCUUCCUCAAAAGCUCAUCAUGACCAAGCCUCGUCUUUGCAUCAAGGCUUUGGUUCUUGAUGUCAAGUCAAAGAAAUAAAAUUCUAAAAGUGGAAUGAUCAGUUUUGUAGUUUUAUACUUUCGAGGUCUCGGUUUUAUCAUUUUCAUUUCGAAUUUAUGGUAUUAACAUAUGGUGUUUUGUUAUAAUCGUAGUUCUCUCUGUUUAAACGAAA